AUGGGCAUCACUUACUCAGACGACCAGACCCCGGAAGAAGUUCACCCCACAUCGGUGAAAGAUGGCCAGUCUCUGAUUAACCAGGUCAUUGCUGCCACGGGGCCGAAGGCGCAUCCAAGAUUGGCACAGAUCAUGCCCAGUCUUGUACGGCAUCUUCACGAUUUCGCCCGAGAAGUCAACCUGACAGUCCCGGAGUGGAAGGCAGCCGUUGAAAUGGUGCGUGAUUUCCGAUGCGCCUGUUUCGCGAUCACUUUGGCUCUGAAUGAAUGCGGCCAAAUCUCCAACGACCGACGCAACGAAACGCAACUUCUCUGCGACAUUCUCGGCCUCGAGUCUCUCGUCGACGAGAUCACUUCGAACCUGCUCGCCAGUUCCAACGCCGGCACACCAUCAGCAGUCCUGGGUCCGUUCUACAGGCACAACGCGCCUCUACUACCCAACGGCAGCUCCAUCGUCAAGAACCUGACGCCCGAGACACCUUGGUUCAGCCAAGCCAUCGCAGACUCGGCCUACAUCACAGGCCGCGUCCUGUCCACCGACGGCAGGCCCAUCCCCGGUGCUAUUGUCGACACCUGGCUUGCCGCGCCGAACGGACUCUACGAGCAGCAGGAUGAGUCCCAGACCGACAUGAACCUAAGGGGUCGGUUCAAGACUGACCAAGAUGGCCGCUUUGCGUUUUAUGCGCUGCGGCCGACUUCUUAUCCGAUUCCGUUUGAUGGUCCCGCGGGCAGGUUCUUGACCUUGCUGGAUCGGAACCCCAAUAGGCCGGGUCAUAUCCACUUCGUCGUUUCGGCACGAAGACAUCGCCCGCUGACGACGCAAAUCUUCGAUAGCCGGGACAAAUAUCUGACGGAGGAUGCGGUUUUCGCGGUCAAGGAUGAGUUGGUGGUCAAGUUCUUGCCUCAUAAGGGAGACUCUAAGGCGCGCUGGUAUCUUGAGUAUGAUUUCGUUUUGAGCAGGGAGGAUUAG